UAUUUUUGUGUUGUUUUGAUGUUCUUUUUCCUUCAUGGCGACCAGUGUGUACGUAUAUGGAAUGCUGCAAAAAAAAAAAAAAAAGACAAAAACAUUCACUCUCAUAUUGCUCAUAUCCACUAGGGGGCAUAUUCGCAUGGUAUCUUGGGAUUGCUAUGAUGUACUGUGAUGCACUAAAUACUUUCCAGAAGCCAGCAUGUUAAAAAUAUAAAUAUGUUCUAUAUGAACACCAGGGGGGAGGGAAGCAGUAAACGCACUUAGUGAUGAAUUCAAACGUGGAUAUUAUGUUUGUUACUCAGUUGGUUCCAUUCCCCGUUUUUUUCCCCCUCCUCUCCCAGGGCAUCAGUGGAGAAGGAGAAGGAGGGGCUGUGGGAGCCGCUGCCGCUGUGCCGCUUCUGAAUCUCACCUCCUCCACAACCCCUUUAGCGCCUCUCAUCCCGCAACUUGUCCCGCGUGGCGAAAGGUGCGCGAACCCCGCCUUGAAACCUGCUUAAAAAAAAAAAAAAGUACCGGUGGUUGAGAAGAAAUGUGGUCGGAGCCGCUCGGAUCCCCGUUUAAGUGGACCGUGCGGGGCGUCGCUGGUGUUGUUUGCAAUUGGUGACUGCAGAAAGAACACAAACGUGUCGGCAGACCGCCGCUUACUGGUGCGCUUCUUUUUUUUUUUUUUUUUUUAUUGGAAAGGAUGAAUGUGAACGAGAUCGCUGCUGGCUUUCCUUUCCUUCGCUGGAACGAGUGCCUUGAUGGCUAACUUCAAACUGUAGACAUUUCAAAGUCACUAAGGUGAAGACGGGGAUUGAUUGAUGAAUUGAUCGCAUUUUUGUUUUUCUGCUUGAGAAGAAGGAAUUCAUGUGUCGCUAGCUGAAGGGGUCAAUAUGCCAGAAUGUGUCCUGUACAAUAUUUGCUUCUCUGUGGACUUCUGUUCGCCAAAAAGAGCAAUGGGUCUCGUCUUCGCCAGGAAGACUCCCCUCCUCGCAUUGUUGAGCACCCCUCUGACCUGAUUGUGUCUAAGGGGGAACCAACCACUCUCAACUGCAAGGCAGAGGGCCGCCCGGCCCCUACGGUGGAAUGGUACAAGGACGGGGAGCGCGUUGAGACGGACCGCGACAAUCCUCGCUCGCACCGCAUGCUACUGCCCAGGGGCUCCCUCUUCUUCCUACGCAUCGUCCACGGACGGAGAAGCAAGCCAGACGAUGGCAGCUACGUGUGCGUGGCCCGUAACUAUCUGGGGGAGGCCGUGAGCCGAAACGCAUCUCUAGAAGUAGCACUGUUACGAGAUGACUUCAGACAGAACCCGCAGGAUGUGAUCGUGGCCGUUGGAGAGACGGCCACGCUGGAGUGUCAGCCGCCACGUGGGCAUCCUGAGCCCACCACCUACUGGAAGAAAGACAAGGGUCGUCUUGAUCUUAAAGAUGAAAGGAUCACAAUUCGUGGAGGAAAACUGACCAUCUCCAACACACAAAAGACUGAUGUCGGGAUUUAUGUGUGCGUAGCUACCAACAUGGUCGGCGAGAGGGAGAGCGAAAAGGCUCAACUCUCCGUGUUUGAGAGACCGGUGUUUGUGCAGCGGCCAGUGAACCAGGUGGUCUUAGUGGAUGAGAGUGUGGAGUUCAGGUGUCAGGUCCACGGUGACCCGCCUCCAACUCUGCGUUGGAAAAAGGAGGAUGCGGAUAUUCCCCGUGGCAGGUAUGACAUCAGAUAUGAAAAAGAGGAUCUUUUGUUGAGGAUAAAGAAAGCCGCCGUGAGCGAUCAGGGGACCUUCACCUGCCUCGCCGAGAACCGCGUGGGCAAAGUGGAGGCUUCCGCUUACUUGACUAUCAGAGUUCGCCCCGUUGAGGCGCCCCAGUUUGUGGUGCGACCCCGUGACCAAAUUGUGGCUCAAGGACGAACGGCGACCUUUCCCUGUGAGACCAGAGGCAAACCUCAACCCACCGUGUUCUGGCAACGGGAUGGCAGCCAGGAUCUUCUGUUUCCCAGCCAGCCAACACAAGGCGACAGUCGUGUGUCUGUGUCUGUGAAUGGAGAAUUGACCAUUUCAUCAGUGCAGCGUUCAGACGCAGGCUAUUAUAUCUGCCAGGCCCUCACUGUAGCAGGCAGCAUCUUGGCCAAAGCCCAGCUGGAGGUGGCAGACGCCCUGAAGGACCGCCCACCGCCGAUCAUCCGUCAGGGCCCCUACAACCAAACACAGGCAUUAGGGAGCGUGACAACGCUCAGGUGUCAGGCUUCAGGAGACCCACAACCCACAAUUACCUGGCGAAAGAACGGGAUCGGUCUGCUAGGAAAAGACUCUCGGUUUUCCCUGCUGGAACAUGGCAGCCUUCAAAUACAAAGUGCCAAGCUGUCUGAUUCUGGCUUAUACACGUGCGUGGCCUCCAGCUCCAGUGGAGAAACAUCAUGGAGUGCUUACUUAGAUAUCACAGAUUCCACUGACCCCAUUGACUUCCUGUCUAACAACCUGACAGCCCUACCGGGGCCGCCCUCCAAGCCAGAGGUCACUGAUGUGACCAAGAGCAGCAUCUCGUUGUCAUGGGAACUGGGGCCAGAGGCUGGCUCCCCGGUGUCCUCCUAUGUCAUUGAGGCCUUUGGUCAGUCAGUAAGUAACAGCUGGCAGACUGUGGCAGACCAUGUGAAGACCACCGAGUUCACCGUCAAUGACCUACGGCCCAAUACUGUCUACCUGUUCAUUAUCAGGGCAGUCAGUGGUCAAGGGCUAGGAGACCCGAGCCCCAUGUCUGAGCCCGUGCGGACACAAGACAUUAGUCCCACUGCGCAGGGAGUGGACCAUCGACACGUACAGAAGGAGUUGGGGGACGUGGUGGUCAGCAUGCAUAACCCCGUCGUUCUCAGCUCCACUUCAGUGCAAGUCACGUGGACUGUGGACAAUCCAUCCCGAUUUAUUCAAGGCUACCGUGUUCUGUACCGGCAGACAUCCGGGCUGCCUUCUCCGGGACCAUGGCAGAUCGAGGACUUAAAAGUCUCCUCACAGAGGGACAUGACUCUCUUGGGCCUGAAGAAAGGAAUUGUCUAUGAGAUUAAAGUGCGACCAUACUUUAAUGAGUUUCAGGGCGCAGACAGUGAAUCCAUGACGGCACGGACUAUGGAAGAAGCACCCAGUGCACCCCCACAGCAAGUGACAGUGUUGACGGUAGGAAGCAAUAAUAGCACCUCCAUCAGCGUGUCAUGGGACCCUCCACCCUCUGACCAACAAAACGGCAUCAUCCAGGAAUACAAGAUCUGGUGUUUGGCUAACGAAACCCAGUUUCAUGUCAAUAAGUCUGUGGAUGCAACCAUCCGUUCAGUGGUCGUCGGGGGUCUGCAGGCCGGGGUGCAGUACCGCGUGGAGGUAGCUGCAAGCACCAGCGCGGGGGUGGGGGUCAAUAGCGCACCCCAGCUCAUCACCUUGGGUGCAGAACAGAGGGAUGUAAUGACGGGAUCGGAGGGCAACAAUAGCAUCUCAGAUGUGGUGAAACAGCCGGCCUUCAUCGCGGGUUUGGGCGGAGCCUGUUGGAUUGUUCUCAUGGGCUUCAGUGCCUGGCUGUACUGGAGGAGAAAAAAGAGGAAGGGACUCAGCAACUAUGCAGUUCAAUCGUUCACGUUCACCCGAGCAGUGACAUUCCAAAGAGACAGAGGUCUAAUCAGAAAUGGAAGCCGUCCAGGGCUGUUGAAAGCGGGUGACCCUGGCCUACCCUGGCUGGCGGAUUCGUGGCCCUCCACGAGCCUUCCGGCCAACGGAGCAUUGGGGAGUCCGAAAGGCAGCAGUAACUUUGGCCGAGGAGAUGUAUUGCCAUCUGCAGCGGUGGAGAAGACGGGCACCAUGCUGUCAGAUGGGGCCAUCUAUAGCAGUAUUGACUUCAUGGGGAAGGGCGGUUACAGCAGCCCGGCGCAAGAUAGCCAGCCCACCCCCUACGCCACCACUCAGAUACUCCAGUCUAACAGCUUCCACGAGUUGGCUGUAGACAGACCGGAUCCCCGCUGGAAGGCUUCUCUGCAGGCCCAACAGGAAAUGGCCAACCUGGGCUACUCGCUAACUGAUAGACGCCCUGCCACUGGUGCAAAGGUAGGGAAGAAAAAGAAGAUGAAGGGUGGAACAAAGACCCCUAAAUCAAAUGGGACAUGUUGGGCCAAUGUGCCCCUGCCUCCACCACCUAUGCACCCUCUGCCUGGUACUGAGGUUGACCUUGACCAUUACCCCCAGGAAAGCCACAGAGGAGGAUACGACAACAACAGUUGGGCGCCGCCUCUCUCGCUCCCGUCCUACCGCCACCAGAGUUUGGACAAUGACGCUGACGAAGAGAGGGGACCUACUCCACCCCUCAGAGGAAGAGCUUCCUCGCCGGCAACAGCAGCAUCUUACAACCAGCCUUCAUCAUCAUCUCUCAGCUCAGCCCACCAUGAGGAAAUGCAGUCUAUUUUGCAGGCCCAUUUGGAUGAGCUGACCAGAGCUUACCAGUAUGAAGUAGCCAAGCAAGCAUGGCAGAUGAAGAGCAAUUCAAACAUGUCCAGCACUGCCAUUCCUCCAAUGGACUUUAUGUCUUCAACGCUGGGCUCAGACUUGGGAGACACCCGCCUCUCUGAGGAUGAGGAGGAAAGAUAUGCGAUGGUGUCAAAGAAUUUGUGUGGCUUUGAUUACAGUCCUGGACACACGAUGGAUAACCUUGAGGUCUCAGGUAAAGGUGCACAGUUGUGUCGUUCAGACAGUUCUGGUACUACAGAUCGUGGUGCGCAGAACACACAUAGCCUCGGUCACAAGAGGGCGCCGCUAACUGGCCUCAAAUCGCAGACAAACAAGGUUGGAACACUGCCCAGACGAAAGGACACCAAUCAAGAAGCAACCCUUGCACCUCAAGUAAGGGGCUUUCAUAGCAACGGUUCUCGUAUGAACAGCUCAUGGGCCAGUGCAGCCUCAGACCCUUCAGAGGAGUGCAUGGUGACCGUCUCCACGCUAGAGCGGCAACAUAUGGGUUCCUGGGGUGACACCUCCACAUCCAACAGGGCCACGCUCAGUCGGGCUUCCCACAAGAGACCUGCCGCAGAGACAUCCCACAAUGGGCAUCUUCUCACAAACAGCAAAGAGAAAAGGGAUCACUAGUCCGUUGGAUACACGCCCCUGGACGCCUUGUUUCAAAGUGCUCUGAGAUCGUCUCUCUCUGAGGGAAUCGGAAUGAUGAUCGGACACUGGAGAGGAGACAGAAUGAAGUCAAAGGAACAUGCAAAUGAAAAUGCCGAGCUGUAAAUGUCAUGUACAGGACACAGACACCAGUCUCACAGUGUUCCCUUCAUACCCCCCUAUUAAGUCAACUGUAUUGCCACUGCUCUUAGAGAUCACUCGGUGUACAACAAUCCACACAGAGCAAGUGAAGAAGCAAAAUCACAACAAAAUGCCGAGAUCAAUUGAACAAAGGACUUGCAUAAUGUGUAAAUAUAUUUUGUAUCUGUACACUUGUCUUUUGCUUUGCUAUGCAAGCUACUGUAAGAUUUUUUUUUUUGAAAUUAUUAUUUAUGACAGUGACUCAUUUUUCAUUGGCGCUCAAACCAUUUGCUUAUCUUGCUGAAGCUAAUGUAUUGUUAUACUUUGCACAGAGCGUUUUGGUGAAAACAAGCACAAACCCCAUUCUCAGCAAAGCCGAAGAGAAGAAUCAUAAUGUUGGGAAUAUUUACUGGGCUGUGCUGCAGUUGUUUCCCCAAACAUCCCAAACUGUUUGUUGAGAAUUAAGAAGGGAGCAACACAGGUGAUAAUGUGGUUGUAGUAAGCCAAGAAAACUGUGUUAUGUACUAUUUGCUGUGAUUUUUAUUCUGCAUUAUACUAACAAAGACUCCUUGCAAACAGUUCCACUUCUAUGGUUUAAAAA